CUCACUGGUCCUGUUCUGUUCACCCUGGUCUAACAUCCAUCAAAAAAACCACACAAUAAAUACACCACCACACCACCGGUCACUCACCGCCUCCUGCAUACCCCCCUCACUGCCUCAUAAACCUUUCGCUGCAAUCUCUCCCUCAAAAAAUGGUUCUUGAGAUCGCUGUCAAAGCUGCUGUCGGUGCCCCUGAUAUUCUUGGAGACUGCCCAUUUAGCCAGAGAGCUCUCUUGACUCUGGAAGAGAAGAAAAUUCCUUACAAGUCUCAUCUCAUCAAUCUUAGUGACAAACCUCAAUGGUUCUUGGAGGUAAACCCGGAAGGAAAGGUUCCAGUGGUGAAAUUUGAUGACAAAUGGGUCUCAGACUCUGAUGUGAUUGUUGGGAUCUUAGAGGAGAAAUACCCUGAGCCCUCUCUUGCCACUCCUCCGGAAUUUGCCUCUGUGUAAGCAUCUUUCUCAUUCCAUGACCGUCUCCACUAGUUUGAACGUGGAUGUGGUAGUUUUCUGAGAUUUGUUUUACAUAGAAAUGGGGCAGGUUGUAAAGCGAAGUACCAUUUUCUUCUUAGAACGUAAGCUCUAUUGUCACAAUAAAUAACAGGUGAGCAGGGGGAGAAAGAUGUUUUUUAAUAGCGUAGUUUCAUACUCAAGCUCGAGAUUCACUGACUGAUGUGAAUAUGGGAAAAUAUGGGAAGUUGCUGAAAUUGCAAGAUAGAUAUCGUUUGCAAAUCGAUUCCUGUAAAAGAUUUUUUAUAUAUGCAACCACUUCCCCCAACAUGUUAAUGUAACAGAACAUAUGAUGAAUCAAUGUGGCUUUCGGAGUCUAUACUCCAACUUGCAAGAGAGUUUCACUAGCUCGAUGAGAAUGACGCUUUUCUAAGUUCGGGAAGGAACAAACAAACACUUUUCCUAGAAAUCUUUUCUUAAAUACCAACAAUGAAUGCUAAUAUCAGUUACAUGCAUCAUAACACACAGCUGAGGUCAUUAGUAGUGGAUAUUAUUUCUGAAGAUGUAGAACUUGUUACUAUAAAUUUUCCAUUGCAAUUUGCACAGCAUGAGGAAAGAUGCAGAUAGUUAUGUUUCCAGAUAAAUGCAGCAGCUAAAUUACAUUUAAGAAUCUGCAAAAUUUGGCUAAUGAAAUUUCAAGGUGUCAAGGAAAACAAUGAAUCAUACCUGUUGAGUAGAAGUAGGUGAGUCUCGAGAAGAAUAUUCAUCUUUUACUAGCGAGACACAAUUGUUAGGUUCCAAUUCAAGCAACUCGUGAUAUGACAGGGACCUCUUUGGAACUGCAAUUUCUGCAUCAGCCGGUGAAUUAACUACCACGUUAGUUGAAGAAAUAUUGCUCAUUGAAGAUUUGCAAACUUCAUAAUUCUUUUCAGAUAGAUCCCCAUCACUGCCUUCAUUCUUGUGCCCCCCCUGUGUCACCCAAGGAUCUUGCAAGGUCUGAUAGUUUUGUCCAGAUGAACCGAGAAAUGAGGAACUUCGGCCAUGUGAAUUGCUCACCUCAAUUUUGUUUUCCAGUUCAUUUUGAAGAGCAUAAACAGCAUCUGCAGAAUGAUUGUUUUCUGACACCAGAUGAGGAAUUGAUGGAGAAAUCAUACAGCUGGACUUUCGAAGAGAUUUAUGUCUGGCCAUGGUUUUAGGACCUGCAACUGUAUUAAAAUUCACAAGAAGAGAUCUGGAUUUUGGUAAGUCUCUGACAUGCCCACCAUCCCGAAAUUCCAGGCUUCUUGUGCCUAAAGGAGUAUUAGAGUUCACACCUCCACUGCCAGGAACGACUUGAUCAUAGUUAUCAGGAUUGCAAGCAAAUUUUUUUGGCCUUGCUUCACAAUCAGGAAUGGCAAGCAUUUCCCCCAAGGUUUUACACCUACUAACUAGUUCAACCUGCUGAAACUUUUUGGUCGUCUUCCAUCUUUCAGAGAUUUGUUUCUUGGCUUCCCUGGCCAGAUAUGGCUCAUCUGAACAGUGAAAUUGGUUCUUCCUAUCAGAAAAAACAUGCAAAGAAGGUAUCAUCAACUCAGACUCUUUAGGAAAGUUGUCACUACCCCUGAUUUCAGACGCGUGUGCCUUAGUAGAAAUGCUGUUUAUCCCAUGCCCCAUUCUUCUGCUUAUUUGCUUUGAAAACCUAGACCUCGACCUUGCAGGUCUUGAGUCACAGUCCAUCUUCUUCCUUUCUUUCACUUCAGCAUACAAGUUUUCAUUUUGAACGUUGAGAAUCUCUUCAUGAUUCCUAUCAACUGAAUGAAAAACCUCAAUAGCACCGGUAGAUGAAAAAUAUCUUCCAGCAUUAUGUGCCUUUCCUGGCUUUGGUUUCAGAACAACAAUCCUGGUAGUGGGGAGGCAUGACCCAUCAUUCAAAUCCCAUUGUGAUCCAAGAAACUCAUUAGCAAUGUCAAGGCCAAGUUUUCUGCAGGAAUAUGUCCCAAGGCCAUCUUCAAUUUUCCUUGCAUAUCCUUGUUCACUUGGCCUCCAAAAUUUCCUGCUCCUGCCAAUAUCUCUGCGGUCAGAAGGACACAAUGGCCUUACAAAUGUAAUGAGCCCUGGCUGCAAGUAAUGAGGGAUGCCUUGCAGAUUAUUUGCUUUCUUGGUGAACUCUGGUUCCUGGAAAUAUUUUGGAAAAUUAUCAGUCUUUGAAUCAAUAACUUCCUGUGCAUCAUGACAUUCCUUUGAACUUUGAAGCUUCAUAUCCUCUGAAACAUCUGUCGAUUGCUUGAAUUCCUCCCUUCUAAACGUCACCUUUGCCCCUGGGGAACUUGAACGUAUUUUUCUCUUUUCAACUGACAUGCUACGGUGCUUGUGUCUCUUUAAUGUUUCUAAUAUUUGGAAGACUUCGAUAUGAUCUUUCUGCUCUUCACUACUCAACCUACAUGAGUUAGGUUCUGAAUUUUUCUCUCUAACACCUAUAGAAGAAACUCUUCGUAGAUAAUUCUCA